UUGUGACGUCACACACCGCGACUCCCGAACCGGAGAGAGAGACGGAGACCCGCUGCUCUGAGAGAAACAACCGGAGAGAGAGACACUCGGAGCAGGAGAAGAUCCGUCAUUUGAUCCUGCAGAAAUUAACCCAUCUGUUCUGCCUGACCCACAAUGACUGCAGCCUGAAGACAGAAAAGCUCAGAGACUCCAUGAAAACAGCAGUGGACCGGAGGAAGCUGGACCUGCUCUACAGCCGCUACAAAGAUCCACAGGAUGAGAAUAAGAUCGGUGUGGACGGGAUCCAGCAGUUCUGUGACGACCUCAUGCUGGAUCCGGCUAGCGUUAGCGUCCUCAUCGUAGCCUGGAAGUUCAGAGCCGCGACGCAGUGCGAGUUCAGUCGGCAGGAGUUCCUGGACGGCAUGACGGACCUCGGUUGUGACAGUCCAGAGAAGCUGAAGAGUCUUUUACCCAGACUGGAGCAGGAGCUGAAGGAUUCUGGGAAAUUCAGAGACUUCUACCGCUUCACCUUCAGCUUCGCCAAGAGUCCCGGACAGAAGUGUUUAGAUCUGGAGAUGGCGGUGGCCUACUGGAACCUCAUUCUCAGUGGACGCUUCAAGUUUCUGGGCCUGUGGAACACGUUCCUCCUGGAGCAUCAUAAGAAGUCCAUCCCUAAGGACACCUGGAACCUGCUGCUGGACUUCGGGAACAUGAUCGCGGACGACAUGUCAAACUAUGACGAGGAGGGUGCGUGGCCGGUGCUCAUCGAUGAUUUUGUGGAGUUUGCUCGGCCGAUCGUUACAGCAGAAAACCUCCAGACUCUAUAAUGAGCGCUGACAAGAGGACGAAACAGAUAAAUGGAGAAUGGACAUUACGAUAGCGCUCUACAAUAACAGCACAGGGAUAAUGAUGGACUAAUAUGUAAAUUAAACAUUAAUAUAUUAUGAACUAAUGAUGAGUUGAGGCAUGUACUAAUCAGGAACUAACUUUAACUACAUCAUGAGUGAAUAAUGCCUAGAUUAAUUACUUGUUAGUACAUGUCAGGUAAUCGAAAUAUUAAUUAAGACUUUAGUUUAAGCUAAUUGUAACUAACAUGAGCUGUUAAUGUAUGUUUAUGUCAUGACUUUACUUGACGGGCCACAUUAUUAAUAUGAACUCCUUAUUAAUAACUCAUGAACUCGGUGUUGAAACUGCUCAUAUUGAUGUAAACUGAAGACUUUCUAUUGUCUUUCAGUGUAAACACACACUCAUCAGACAUGCAUGACUAUUACGUUAAACACAGAAGUUAUUAUUAAUGAGGUAAUAAUAAUAAAGUGCUCCUUUAAACUGUGUUUACAUUGAAAAGCAACCUGUAUACAUCAUAACAUAUAGUUUAAACACAAGUAAUUAAUAAUUAGUUAAUAAUAAUAAUAAUAAUAAUGUGCCCCUUCAAGGAAAGUCAUGACAUAAACAUACUCUAACAGCUCAUGAGUUCAUGUCAGCUACAUUUAGCUUGAACUAAAGUGUUAACUAAUAUAUUAAUUAAUAAACACAAUAAGUAAUUAAGCUAGCCAUUUCUCUCUCAUGAACUCAUGUUGUAGAUAAAGUUAGUUCCUGAUUAACUCAUCAUUUGUUCAUUAUAAGUGGCGUUUAAUUGACAUAUUAGAGCAUUAUUGUGUGUGUGUGGUCAUUAUAGAGUGUUAGUGACAUUACUAACACAGAGCGACGUGUGUGAGUGUGUUUGAAUGCAGCGUGACAGACAGAUACCGAGGGGUUUUGUGCUGUUUUGGAAGUUUUCUAACACAGUGUCUGCUUGUUUGUUCUGUGAUCAUCAGAGUCGGCAGUUCAGCUCAACAUCAGUGUUAUACUGUAUAUGUAAAUAAAGAUGAUUAACACAA